CCCUCUCUUUUUGUUCAGGACAGCACUGUGUGUUGCCCACAGUGACAGUAAUGAGGGUUCUUUAACAAAUCAACUUAAGUCACAGACAGAAGGAUCUCACCUGUAGACUCUACAGUACCUGCAUUUCCCCUCACUAAAUAUUUUAAGCAUCACCUGUGGGAGAAGUUUUGGUUCUUUGGAAUUCCCAAAGUGUCUGUGCGACAUCAUGUCUGUGGUCAAAAUCCUGUGCUGUUUGCUGUUAAUGUUUCACCUCAGUGAGGGGAAGAAAAUCAAGGGACACAGAGCAGUGGACGCAGAGCAGAGGGUCGUCCUAAAGGAGAAAAAGCCGUAUGUCAUCAGUUCUGUCUUCAAGAUGUUUUCAGAAGGUGAGGACAACUGCACACUGGACCCUCUGCAGCUGCACACUCUCACCUCCUGUGGCUUCAACAGCAGUAAUCCCCUCAUCAUCAUCACUCACGGGUGGUCGGUGGAUGGUAUGAUGGAGAGCUGGAUGCCCCGGAUGGCCACAGCCCUGAAGGCAAAUCUCAUAGACGUCAACGUGGUGAUUACUGACUGGCUGUCCCUGGCUCACCAGCACUACCCUAAAGCUGCACACGCAACCCGCACCAUUGGCAAAGACAUAGCUCACCUGCUGCAGUCGCUUCAGGCACAUUACCAGUACCCAGUUAAAAAGGUUCAUUUGAUUGGCUACAGUCUUGGCGCUCACAUCUCUGGGUUUGCUGGAAGCUAUCUGGAGGGUUCGGAGAAGAUUGGAAGAAUCACUGGUCUUGAUCCAGCAGGGCCGCUGUUUGAAGGCAUGUCUCCCACAGACAGACUGUCUCCUGAUGAUGCUGAAUUUGUAGAUGCCAUUCACACCUUCACCCAGGAGCGUUUGGGCCUCAGUGUGGGCAUCAAGCAAGCUGUGGCACAUUAUGACUUUUACCCAAAUGGAGGAGACUUCCAACCAGGAUGUGACCUGCACAACAUUUACGAGCACGUAACCCAGUACGGGAUCCUUGGUUUGGAUCAGACAGUGAAAUGUGCUCAUGAGCGGUCCGUCCAUCUCUUCAUUGACUCUGUGCUGAAUAAAGACAAGCAGAGCAGGGCCUACAGGUGCACUGACAAGAGUGCUUUUAACAAAGGUGUGUGUCUGGACUGUCGGAAGAAUCGCUGCAACACGCUGGGCUACGAUAUCAAGAGGGUUCGCAGUGGCAACAGCAAGAGGCUCUACCUGAACACACGCCCUCGGAUGCCCUACAAGCUCUUUCAUUACCAGUUCAGGAUCCAGUUUGUUAACCAGACGGAGGCAAUGGAGCCCAUCCUCACCAUCUCCCUCACUGGAACAAAGGAGGAGAGUGAAGACCUCCCCAUUACCAUCACUGAAAAGAUUUUGGGUAAUAAGACCUACACCUUCCUGAUCACCCUGGACAGAGACUUAGGGGAUCUGAUGUUCCUCAACUUGCAGUGGGAGAGAUCAGAUGUGUGGAAGAACGUGUGGAACAAGAUGCAGAGCAUCUUUGUCUGGGGCAGCCAGCAAAGUAACCCACAGCUGACAGUGGGCAGGAUCAGCAUCAAAGCAGGCGAAACACAGGAGAGGACAUCUUUUUGUGCCAUGAACGAUGAUGGACAGCACAUGGAAGAGUUGGAGGAUAAAGUGUUUGUACGCUGUAAAGAAGACAAACCAAGACACCGCAGAAGGAAGCAGCACUGAUGCACUCAUGAACAGACUGAAGAUCUCUGAUGGAGGGGCUGGAGGUUCACAACUGGAUGCAACUCAGAAAGCUCCUCAAAGUGAGGCUGGGCAGAUUUGGGAAGUAAAUUAGAAAUCAUUAAUUAUCUGAAGAUGUGCCACAGAACAAAUAAGUGCUGAAAUUUAAUAGGAGAUUUUUUGUAACUGUGCAACUGAUGUAAACUGUGUUUACAAUUCACAGAAACCUGUUUAAGUUUGAUUUUGCGAUAAAGCUAUUAAUAAGUUAAGUAUUGCACAGUGCAUUUUUAAGAACCAGCCCAUAUUUACAUUUCUGUCUUCAUACAAAUGUUUUUCAAGUGUACAAAGAGAUGGAAAUUUGCCAAUUUAAACACUAAGUGAACAGUGAACAGUCAGGCGUUCAACGACCUUUUGAUGACGUUAAUUCCAAAGCAUGUUAAUGUAUUUUUUUCUAUGUGUGUCUUACUUGUACAUCAUUUAAAAACCUACAUUAAGUCUUACCAAUAACAUAAUAUAAAUACAUGUUAAUCAAACUCAAACCAAAGCAAUAAAUAUACACUUUUUCUUUUCUA